AUGAGCAAGAAAGAUUUGUCAAGGAUGUCAAGGAGUAUUGGGAUCGAUUCAACAUUUGAUGCUGAUGAGUAUGGAACAAUUGUAAUGGACACUCCUGUGAGGAAAUGUAGAGUAGGUAAGGAUGUAAAAACGGUUGAGCAUUCAAUGGUCAAUCCAAACAUACAAAGAUCACUACCAAGAGGGUGGUGCUUAUAUGCAUCAAUUGCGAUUCCAUAUGUAUUAAUACUUGCACUGUUUCUCAAAAAGCCAGCAGACUCUAUGAUGAUGAUUAGCUUAAUGGAAGAAAUCGAUAUUUUGAGAGCUGAAAAUAAUGCCAUAAAUCAACUUAUAAAAGGCAUGAAGGAAUCCAGGGAAAUCAAUCAUGCAAAGAUUGAGGAAGGUGCAAUAGUAAGGAUUGAUGAACCUUCGCAGCUGUAUUCAUACGGAUUUCUUGGACUUAGGAAGCAUGCCAGUCCUGAUGUAGUGCUUAGUGAAAGACUCGAUGAAGGAGAAUGCCUGGCAUUCAAGGGUAACAACGCCAAGUUUUCGAUUGACUUUGGAGCUGAGAUUGAGAUAAAUAAGGUUGGGAUAUAUCAUCCGCUUACAAAACAUACGAGCAGUGCGGUGCGUGAGUUUGAGGUCUUUAUUAAGAAUAGUAAAGAGUAUCGCAGCAUAGGUGUAUAUGAAUAUGAUACUCAUGCAUGUGGACUUCAGAGAUUUGAUGUUGGUAGUCAUAAGGCACUUUCGAUUGAUUUUGUUGCCAAAAGCAAUGGGGGAAAUAAGAACUUUACCUGUUUUUACAAAGUGUAUCUUAUUGGAAAUAAAUGA